UACCCCUCCCAUGCAAAUAAGGCAGUCCGCUAUCUUAUAAUAUUACUGGCUGGUUCUGUCACAUGGUAUAAAAUCCUACUGCCUAUAGAUUCUGUCAGUCAAGGAUUGGUGUUUCUGAAUGCGUCCGUGUGAUUGGCUACAAGCAAAUUCACCCUAUUACAAAUGAAGAAAUGGAUUUGGGGCAACGUGCUGAAUGAUUGGUGAUUCGUAAGACUACGCUGUGAUUGGCUUGCAUUAGAAUUUACCCAAUUAUAGAAGAGAGGUGUGUCCUGUGCUGCCUACAAAUAACAGUACGUGUGAAUACGGAAGUCACUUUCUGCAAAACUUUUCUCCUAUUUGCCGUUGAAUUAUAUUAGAGGCCAUGUCUGGAAGAGGCAAACAGGGCGGCAAAACUCGCGCUAAGGCGAAGACUCGCUCAUCUCGGGCCGGGCUGCAGUUCCCAGUCGGCCGUGUUCACAGGCUCUUGAGGAAGGGCAAUUAUGCCGAGCGGGUGGGAGCCGGAGCUCCGGUCUAUCUGGCCGCAGUGCUCGAAUACCUGACCGCUGAGAUCCUGGAGUUGGCCGGCAACGCUGCCCGGGAUAACAAGAAGACCCGCAUCAUCCCCAGGCACCUGCAGCUCGCUGUGCGCAACGAUGAGGAACUCAACAAACUGCUCGGAGGAGUCACUAUCGCUCAGGGCGGGGUCCUGCCCAACAUCCAGUCCGUGCUGCUGCCCAAGAAAACCGAGAGCUCCAAGGCGGCCAAGAGCAAAUGAAGUGCCCGCUCCCAGUGCCCCCAUCAGGGAACAACACAAAGGCUCUUUUCAGAGCCGCCCCCACACCGGCUAAAGAGAACUGUGCUACACGCCCCUUAUUUCUGCUCCCAGGGAUAUCAAGCCCGACUUGUGCCCGCCGUGGUUCCAAUACGGCUCAUAGAUCCGCCCCUGUGUGGCUGCAGGGUCACCAAGCCGGUGUCAUUCACUUGAAAAACGAACCCCCGCAGUUCGUUAUUUUUAUUCCGUUAUUUUGGCGGACCAACGGAAAACUGUUACCCUAGAUUAAAUCAGCCAAUGACUGACAAGUAUUUCCAGGACUGAAACUGAUUGGACUAGUUCAAGUGACGUAUGUCCAUAGUGAACCAAUGACAAAGGAGAACAGGCUGAAAUUAGGGCAGGCAGUUAUAACGGCGUAAAAUGGCCUUUGGUCCGCAGUAAAAUAACUAGAGAAAGUGAGCCGGGCAUCAAGGAGGCGCCACUUAAUGUGCUAUUGAUGGGCAAUAUUUCGUAUUACAUGGCGGGAGGGCAGCAGAAUGGGCCAGACACAGAAAACAGAAUUUUUCGUUGGCUGUUGUAACUGUGCGGUGACCUCCAAAAAGCGCCGCCACCGACUCCUUUUAAAUUUAGCGCAGGAAAAGGCUUGUGUCACGGGACUGAGCCGCUGCUGAUAUUGUGCGUAGGGAGAGGCCCCUUUAGAGGAGACAUUUUGUGUAUGAAAUAAAAACGUAGCGGUG